UAGAGAAGCCAUUGCUGGCGCGAGAAGCUCUCUCUCUCUCUCUCUCUCUCUCUCUCAGAGAGCUCUUGGGCGGUCCAUCAUCGGCUCCGAGGCCUCCUUCAUCUCAUUAUCCUACUUCGCCUUCCUCUUUGGUUAGAACUUCUAUUGCAAAAGUCCAACUAGGCAUGGGGACGGACUGGGAGAUUAUUCACAUACCAGCGAAGCUGCCAUCUUCUACUGAGCAAGCUGCAGUGGAAGUCAUUGCUGCAACAAUUGAACCAAAGCUUGCAAACACACUUGUGAGGAAGUUGAAUCAGAUAUGCCCACUGGAGAAUCUGCGUCACGCUAAACGAGUACGUAAGAGAAUAAUUGAAGGAAAAGUGGAGUUAGCAGUGAUCUUAUGUCUGUCCUUUGGAUCUAGUGAGCACAUGGAGGGAAUGCCAAAUGAUUUACUGCAACUACUUAAUAAUUACCAGUUAAGUCCGUUCAUAGCAAGAGUUGCUGAGUGCCCUGCCUUGUCCAAAGAAGAAUGGGAGGAACAGUGCAAACUCUGGCCAACAUCAUACCACCCACCAUCAAGCCUCGAUGGUGCGGGUGGAUUUAGUGAGGAAGAUUCUCAAUUUAUCAUCAAUUUUAUGAAAGUUGCCAUUCAGUUAGCAAAGCCAAACUUCCUUGGUGGAGAGGCAGUCAAUGCAGCUGUGAUUGUUGAUCCUAUGAGCAAGCAAGUUAUAGCAUAUGGUAGUGACCAAACAUUCUCAUUGCCCUCCACUAUAAUCAGCAGCUGUUCACACAUUGGACAGGAACCAACUAAUUCCUCUUCUCAACCCGGAGGAAACAGCCCACCAAACAAUGGAUAUCUUGUCUCUAAGUUGACACCAAACAAACACAAGCAGCCAUAUCAUCGGGUUUCUUGCCUACAUCCUUGGGGAUGGACUGAACUAAAUCCAUAUGAUCCAAAGCCACCAGAAAAGUGCGAUAGUGAUUAUGCAUGGCAUCCUUUGAGGCAUGCUGCUCUAGUUGCCAUCGAGAAUGCAGCUGCAAGGGACAGAAGCCUAUUUCCCAAUCCAGCAUCUUCCAUAAAGCAUUCUACUUCCAUGGAUAAUUUGCUUCAGCCUGACGACAUCCCCUCAAAACGGCUGAAAACUAAUACACCAGAGAAUGAGAAGUUAGAAGAGGAAGCUGCAAAGAAUGUUUCUACAUCAGAGGCGACACGUCCUUACUUAUGCACCGGGUUUGACAUUUUCCUUGUUUGGGAGCCAUGCACAAUGUGUGCAAUGGCUCUUGUUCAUCAAAGAAUCCGACGCAUUUUCUACGCCUUUCCCAAUCCAAAUGACGGUGCUCUGGGCAGUGUCCACAGGCUGCAGGGAGAGAAAAGCUUGAACCACCAUUACUCUGUUUUCCGAAUUUUGGCCCCCAAACUGGAAGAACAUAUUUGAUAUUUUUUACUUAUGAUUUGCAGAAAAAAAAA